AUGCUACUGAUAAGACAGCAACCCAGAACUCAAAUCUUGGAAUUCAGGAAAAAUCCAAAACAGCAACUUCCCAGGUUGCAACCUCCUGAGCUGCAGAAUUUCAAACCAGUUUCAGACACUAACUUUAUUUUACCAAACUUGGUCUCAGGAGAAGAUAAGAAAAGUUUUGUCCAAAGCCUUCCAACAUGUUUGGAUUACCUUAUCUGUGGAAAAAAUUCACAGUCAUGA